AAUUAAUUGAACGAAGUAACGCGAAGGUGCCGUCUUUGGCUUUCAUUGUUAACGCGCAAGCUAUCGCGUUCGCUGCUUCUCUUCUCUCCUUUCUUUCUCUUUGGCAAGAGCUCCAUAGGAGCGAGAGCUGGCGACGGAACAAUGGCGGAAGAGGAGGCAAGCCUUGAUAAUGGGGAGGCUUUUCGCAAGGUCCGCAUGACGAUCGCCGAGCGAUCCAAGAGAGUUGCGGAAACGAAGGAGAAGACGAAGAAGAUCUUGUCGAAGCAGGCCGUCAAGAUCGCUAAGCAGGCCGAAGAGCACGAGCGAUUCAUCACCAAGGUGACUCAUUUGCUGAGUGUUCUCGGAUUUGGCGCCUUUUGUUUCAUUCUUGGAGCUCGGCCUCAAGACGUGCCAUAUGUGUAUUGUUUGUUCUAUGUUACUUUUGUUCCUCUGCGAUGGAUAUACUAUCGUUACAAGAAAUGGCAUUAUUAUCUCCUGGAUUUUUGUUAUUAUGCCAAUACGAUCUUUCUCAUCACGCUUCUCUUUUUUCCAAAACAUGAAAAGCUCUUCAUGGUUUGCUUUUCAUUUGCUGAAGGUCCAUUGGCGUGGGCUUUGAUCAUUUGGCGCUGCAGCCUGGUGUUCAGUUCUGCAGACAAAAUUGUCAGUGUUUUAAUUCAUCUCUUGCCUGGAAUAGUUUUCUUCACUAUAAGGUGGUGGAAUCCAGAAACCCUUGCAGCCAUGCACCCGGUAGGGAAAGCUAAAAGCUCAUGGCCUUAUGUGGAGGAGAAAUCCUACUUAUGGACAUGGCUAUUUGCUGUCCCUUUGGUUGCAUAUACUCUUUGGCAGCUCCUCUAUUUCCUUAUUGUCAAUGUGCUCCGUAGACAAAGGCUCUUACGCGACCCUGAAGUCAUGACUUCCUACAGGGAACUUUCCAAAAAAGCACAAAAAGCAAACAACAUAUGGUGGAGGUUAAGCGGGUUGCUUGGUGAUCAGAAUCGACAGAUGAUGUACAUACUUUUGCAAGCUCUCUUCACUGUUGCUACAAUGGCCCUCACUGUACCCAUCUUCCUUUCCUAUGAAAUGCAUGUGAUUUUCCAGGUUCUGAAAGUAUCUGCCACUGUGUGGAACGGUGGUAACUUCCUUCUUGAUGUCAUGCCAAGACAAGUGGUUUUGAAGGAAAAGAAGAAACUUGAAAUGCAACCCAUCAUUCCUGAACGACCAGAGCAGCCAUCUACGGCGGUUGAUAGUUCACUGAACGAUCACAAUGCUUCUGAUGAAGGGUACAGCUCUUAAACCAAGAUAACAACUAAUAUAUACAUAUAUAUAUAUAUAUAUAUAUAUAUAUAUAUAUAACAUAGUUGCAGCUUUCAGGUGUUUAACUUAUUUUGCACUUAUGUAAUCUCGAACUGAAUGAUAUAAUGCUGUUCUUGUUUGGGAGGCUGUAUCUUACGUGUAAUGGUGGCUGGUUCCAUUGAAUUUUGUGUCUGUGAAAAGGAGUGUAAACUACAAUUAGGAGUGAGUUGUUUAUGUUUUUGAGCAUUAUUUCUUGAA